AUGGAGAAGAGGGCACAGCGUGUCGAGCCAGGCACAAUACUGAAGCCGAUUAAUAAUAUUUACAAUUUGAGUUCGCGGAAGAGGCGCGACGAGAAGAAGCCCAGAUCACCGAACUCAACGGGAUACGGCAACUAUAAUACGGCAAAGAAGAAACCAGCCUAUGAUGUGGGGUCUAUGGAGGAUAUUGAUGAAUGGGGCAACCGAUGUGAGUUGAUCUUGGGUGAGGCUUAUGUCGUUGGACGGCGGAUUCGGUCGUGGGUCUGA